AUGGAUGACCGAAACAGACUAUGGAUCGAUGGUUGCUUUGACUUCACACACUACGGACAUGCUGGUGCUAUAUUACAGGCACGCAGGUUGAUUCCCAAGGGCACAAAAGAGGGGGCAUUGCUGUGCGGAGUUCAUAACGAUGCUGAGAUACACUUUAACAAAGGCGGACGACCUGUGAUGACCGAAUGCGAGAGAUACGAACACACGCGUAGUAACAAAUGGUGUACCGAAAUGAUCGAAGAUGCUCCAUAUGUUACACAGCCUGAUGUUUUGGAUGCUCACCACUGUAGGUAUGUGGUGCACGGCGACGACAUAACUACAGAUGCCAACGGCAAUGACUGCUACCAGCAAAUGAAGGACAUGGGCCGAUUCUUGGUUGUCAAAAGGACCGAAGGCGUCAGUACAACCGAUAUUAUCCAUCGAAUUUUGACAAAUACAAAAACUACAGAGAGUCUCAAGGUGGGAAGACGCGAAAUUGAAGCACUCAACAAGUUUGCCACUGGCCCCGAUGGUCACUCGCCGUGGUGUUAUGUCUUUGAGGGAAAAAUUGCGAGUGGGGCGGCGAUUGUUCACGGCGCAUUCGAGCUGAGCCCUCAGGACAUGGUUUAUAUCGAAGGCGACUUCGACCUUUUUCACAUUGGCCACAUAGAGCAGCUGGCAAAGUUGAGACAGGCGAAUGGACCAGGCACACGCUUAGUGGUUGGCAUUAAAACUACUGCAGGCUGUUUAAUGACGCCUUUGGAGCGUGUGCUAAGCGUUUUGAGCUGCAGGCAUGUGGAUGCAAUAGUGAUAGAACCCACGGUCAAGCCAGAUGUUCGGCAGUCGUGGAAGCUGGACGACCCGGCCCUUAAAAACGGAAAGUUUGCAUAUUUGGAUACUUCAGUGAUCGUCAACAGAAUUCUUGCGGAGCGUGCGCACUAUGUCGCGCGGAACAUUAAGAAGGGUAUGUCUGGGUACAAUUAA